AUGGAACAAGGAUGCAAAAAAAGAGAAGCAGAUCAAAUAGUAUAUGCAAGGAAAAGAACCAAGUGUAAUCAACUUCAGCAUGUUGAAGCAUUUCUGAAGCUCACAUCUGAAAUAUCUGAUAAUUGCAAGCAACGUAUACAUAGAAUGGGUUUCAGGGCAUUCCUACAAAUAACUAGCUUGUCCAAUAUAGACUAUGUUUACAUCUGGCUUGCAAAUCAUUUCAACACAACUUCGUGCUCUAUUGAAACACCGAAUGGCUUCAAAUUCCGAAUUACACCUUCAAUUGUUCACAAAUUUUUUGGCAUUCCAAUUGGUGGACAUCCUGUAAUCACAAAACCAUCAGAAGCAACGUAUGAGUUCAUUCAACAACAAUUAGGAACGACAGCACCAACAAUUGAAUACCUUUUCUCAAUUAUGAAUGAUGAUCUCCCUGAAGAAAAAUACUGCAAAAUCUUCAUUCUCAUCCUCCUGUCAUUGUUUGUUGCACCUAAUUCAAGUGGAGUUGCUAGCAAAUUUGUGUACAGUGCAAUAGUUGACAUUGACAGAAUUUCUCAGUAUGAUUGGUGUUUGCUUUGUCUGAGCUACAUGGUUUAUUCAAUUAAGAAAACAAGGCUGAAGAACAUAGUGAACAAAGAAAUCAUUCCUGGUGGAAGCAAGUUACUUAUGCUGAUAUCUUACUUUGAGUUCCUGAUAAUAUCUGAAAUCAAGAUGCCGACUAUAGAACCAAGACUACCAUUAUGGACAGCAAACAUGCUAAAUUCAUAUAUGGCACUUGAUGUUGUGCAUGGGAAAAGAAAUGAGUAUGGCAGACUACCGUCUGUCAACAUAACAAGUACAAAUCUCACUCUCUCUUUCUGUGGUGGUAAUCUACCAUCUUUUGAACAACUUGCUUGCUCGGAGCUUUUUGUCAAGAGAUCAAUUCCAAAAGUAACACCCACCAUUGAUGCUUCUGCACUGUUACAUCAAUUCUUUUCUGAAACAAAAUCCCCAAAGAGAAGAGUACAAAAAACAAAGUUCUGCUUUCCACUAUUCAGAUUCUUAUUACCAGGAGAGCGCUUGGAAGAUUUUGUUAACCCUGAACUAAAUAAAGGUUGGUUGCCUCCUGAAAUCACAUAUCCAGUUGACGAGUCUCUCAACAAUACGCUGCAUGGCAAUUCAAAUGGAGAAGCUGGUUCAAGCACUUAG